GUACACGUUCAUCUUGUACAAGCCCUACCUUGCGCACCUCGCGCUGCACUACCAGACGUGCGACAUCGAUAUGUCGUCCCCGGGUAACAUAUGUGUAUACUCUUUCGACUUCACCAAUGUGUCACUCACGUAUUGUUGGUGACCGCUUGAACAGGGAUGAUGUGUGCACGGGCGUCCGCAGUGAUCUUCGACGCCGUCGCGCUAGUCUUCACCUGGUUGAGUAUCAGGCACGUGGUAAGCGCGAAUACUCAAACAGAUGGCUCAGGGGCGACGCACCGUUUAGUGGGCUCAAAGAGUAUGCCACUUGUGCUCAUGAAAGACACUGUCGUGUAUUUCGGGUUUCUAUCUGUGAUCAACGCAUCGGGCAUUGCUUUUCCAAAGUUCAUCAAUGCCGCGUCCACUUGGAACGCAGUAAUGACAUCAAUCUUGCUCGGCCGCCUAAUGCUCGACCUACACCAGACGAAUGACUCCCACAGCGACGGCACAUUCAUCUCGCGCGUGUUGUCGACAAUUACUUUCGACGGGCAUUCUAGCUCGGAGUCAGAUGUUGAAUCUGCGGGACAGGUUCUUUUGCCCGAGUCUGAAGGCAGUGACACCGAACAUCUUCGGCGUGACUUAGAAGAUUAGGUGGUGGAUCCGCCUUAGAGGGUACUGCCAGUCUUGUGUAUGAUCUGCGACGUUGGACAGUUGGAUGCUGCCAGUAGUGACUGUC